AUGGCACCCCCCAAACGCGCGCUUUUCUCGCUGAACCUCGACACGGACGCCGACCACGUGUACCAGAAAGUCGAAGACCACAGCAAAUCCGGCGACGACAGAGUCCGGGUGCUAGAAACGCGAGGUCCUACGCACGGCCAUACAGACCUGAGCUUUGUCACCAAGCCGUUUGAGAAGACGGUCAAUCGAGCCGUCAACGACGUGAUUGACGGGACGGGCAAAAGAGUCGCGUCUAAGCAGGGAGAAAUUACGUAUUCGACUACGACAAAUAGACGGAGUACUCACCAGACUCCACUCCGCAUUGUCGUGGGCUGCGACGACGCAGGCGUAGGCUACAAAAACACAAUCAUCAAGGACCUUGAAGGCGACGCGCGCGUCGCCAGCGUCACAGACGUCGGCGUCCCCUCAAACACAGACAAGACAGCCUACCCGCAUGUCGCCGUCAACGCCGCCCAGCUCGUUGCAUCGGGCCAGGCCGACCGCGCGCUGCUCAUCUGCGGCACCGGCCUCGGCGUCGCCAUUGCCGCAAACAAGGUGCCCGGCAUUCGCGCCGUAACGGCACACGACAGCUUUUCCGUCGAGCGCGCCAUCCUGAGUAACGAUGCGCAGGUGCUGUGUAUGGGCGAGCGCGUCGUGGGUAUUGAGCUCGCCCGGAGACUGGUCAGGGAGUGGUUGGGAUACCGAUUUGAUCAGGGGAGCGCCAGCGCGAAGAAAGUCGAGGCUAUCAUGGAGCAUGAGAAGAAGAAUUAUGCGGGGCUGGUCAAGGACCAGGCUGGUCAGAGUUGCUGA